UUCCUAUUAAAACAACCACCCUUUGUUAGCUCUCUCUCUUUCUCUCCCUCACAAAACCUUUUUGUCAGCAAAACACUCGCAGUUUAAAUUUCCAAUACAUGGCUCUUUUCAAAUUGGCUUUGCUUCUAUUUCUUUCCUCUCUCUUCCUCCAUGCAGCUGUAGGUGAGAUUGUUUGCGAGGAUUUGCCAAAGGAUGUAUGCGCAUUUUCUAUUGCAUCAUCUGGGAAGAGGUGCUUGUUGGAGACGUAUGCGACGAGAGAUUGGAAGGUGGAGUACCAGUGCAGGACAUCAGAAGUUAUGGUUGAGCGAAUGGCAGAUUAUAUAGAGACCGAUGAGUGCGUAAAGGCUUGUGGGGUCGAUAGGAACUCUGUUGGUAUUUCUUCUGAUGCGCUUCUUGAGCCUCAGUUUACUUCAAAGCUUUGCUCUCCUGCUUGUUAUCAGAAAUGCCCCAACAUUGUCGACCUUUACUUCAAUUUGGCUGCUGGCGAAGGCGCAUUCUUGCCAGACCUGUGUGACGCCGCGAGGACUAAUCCCCGCCGUUCGAUGAUUCAGCUGAUGAGCUCAGGUGCAGCCCCUGCUCCUAUUUCCAGCGAGUCUUUUAUUGGCGCCCCUGCUUCAGCUCCUAUGUAAUUAAUCACACUAUAUCAUGGUUUCCAAUAAUUUUUUUUUAUUCGAAUUUAUUUAGUUAAAGAAAAUCAAUAGUACAUUUGAGUUGAGAAUUUGGAUUGAGAGGCAAUUUGAGAUUUUCCAUUUAUUGUU